CAGACUCUUGAUAAGAUCAACAAAGACCUUAAAGAAAUUUCAAAUUUUGACCCUGUUGCGACGCAUAGAGAAAAAGCAAAACUUAUAAUUUGCAACUGGAAGAAGCUGAACAACUGCUUGUUGUUUGGUCAUGAACUGUUUGUUCCUGCAAAGCCGUACACUGCUAGUCGAUCGGAGGAUAACAAAAUGCAAGGUCUGAUUGCUGAGCGUAAUAUUCUGAUGGCACAGCAACAGAAUGAAGUUAUAAAGACAUCGGUAGUUCGUGAUAAAAUGGUACGAACUGCACUUGCCAGACAACUGGAGAAUUUUGAAAGUGAGCGCACUCAAGCAUCGAAUGAUUUGGAAAGAUUCAAAGAUAAAAAUUAUGAAAAUUCCAAUGAAAAUGUUAUGUCAAAUUUAAAAGAGAAACCACAACAGUCUAUCACUUUUCUGCCAAAAAAACGUGCACACAACACACUACAAGAGUCUGAAAAAAAUAUUACAGAUGAAGAUUUAGUGAAUUCAGUGAAUGAUACCUCAGACACUUUCGGUCAAGUUAAAUUUCCGUCGUUUUAUAGUAAGCUUAAAACUACAUGGGGCAAUCAAGAUGUUACAAAUUAUCAUGUUAUCGAUUUAGGUGAUAAAGAUACAUUGUGUCAGGUUCAUGACCUUUUAGAUGAGGAUGAGUUGAAAUUGUUAUUUCGGAGGUUGGUGUUGGAUGACGAAGAUAUACAUAUAAAUGAAAAGACACAUAAAUACAUAGAGCUGUUUGAUCAAAUUAUAGAUGAAGAGAACAAGGAAAAUAUUCAUGAUGACACAGUUGUGGAUGAAGUAACUGAAAGUAAUCUUUUAGAUAAAAAUAAUGAAGAGACGAAAUAUACGGAAGGAGACAAUGAAAAUUUCGACAAAUCAAUUGCCAAAAUGAAAGAAAUAAUGCAUCAAUUAGAUAAUUUGUCCGAAAAAUACCAUUACCUAUCCAACACUUUUCCCAUAACAGCGCAAAAUUAUGAUCAAAUAAAAAUGCCUGAUAUGUUUAUUAUUAAGAGCAUCGCUAGUAGA